CAUUCUUCCUUCGCCCGGCCGGUCAGAACGAGUCAGCACUCGCGGAGAAACCGCCGCUUAGUGCGCAGGAAAAACGCAGUGCCGUAGCCGCUGAAGCCACCGGCCCCUUUCGGGGUCCCGUUCUAGCGGUUCGAGCCGGCCGCUUCCCCUCAGAAGUAGCUGGGAACCGAGGCCGGUAAAGAGAAGCGGGGCCGGGGGCGGGGCGUCUUCGGCAUUUUUCGAGUUUUCAUGUCUGAGGCUGGGGUGACCCUAUCUGGGAUGGAGAGGAGUGGCGUCCGUGUACGGUAACCAGGACAGCCCGUGUUCCAGACCAUGGACUCACUGAGACACGCAGAGGUGUGAAAAUGUCGAGUGGUAACCGGGCCCUCGUGGUGGACUUUAUUUCCUACAAGCUGUCGCAGAGGGGCCACAGCUGGAGCGAGAUCGAGGGAGACGACGAGAACAGAACGGAGCUGGCGGCCGGCGAGAUGGGGGGCGUCCUCAACGGGAGCCCGUCUUGGCACCCCAGCCCCAGCCCUGUCGUGAACGGGGCCGCGGGCCACGCGAACCUCCUCGAAGGCCUGGAGGAGGGCCCCCAGUCUGACGUGAGGCAGACGCUGCGGGAGGCCGGGGACGAGUUUGAACUGAGGUACCGACGGGCCUUUAGCGACCUCACCUCCCAACUCCACAUCACCCCCGGCACCGCGUACCAGAGCUUUGAGCAGGUGGUGAACGAACUCUUCCGGGACGGGGUGAACUGGGGGCGGAUUGUGGCGUUUUUUUCCUUCGGCGGGGCCCUGUGCGUGGAGAGCGUUGACAAGGAGAUGCGAGGCUUGGUGGAGCGGAUCGCCACCUGGAUGGCUACUUACCUGACUGACCAUCUGGACCCCUGGAUCCAAGAUAACGGAGGCUGGGAGCGGUUUGUGGACCUCUACGGGAACGACGCGGCCGCCAAGAGCCGGAAAGGCCAGGAGCGCUUCAACAAGUGGCUCUGGACGGGGGCCACCGUGGCAGGCGUGGUCCUCCUGGGCUCCCUGCUGAGCCGCAAAUAGCCAGAGACUGACCGCCCACCUGCCCGCCCGCCUCAUCCGCCGGCAUCGCUCCAGCACUCUAUACUCGGCCUUGUAAUCAUUCCAGGGGGUGGGGAGGAGGGGCUCUGCACUGCGAAUCCCCACUCCGACCCCAGGCUCACCCCCCCCAAGCAACUCACAGACCUCUUUCUGGUGCCUCCUGCCGCCCCCACCCACCCCCCCCGGCCCCAAGGCCUCCUCCAGUCCCUGGCUGUUGUUCCACCACCCAGCCAUCCGGCAGAGGGGCUGCUUCCCUGACCCUGUGCCCAGAUCCUGGAGGGGGCCCUCCGAGCCUUGCUCUCCCCCAGGAGGCUUCCCUGCUCGUUUUCAUUGCAAGGAGUUGCUGCAGUAGCAAUUGAUGUUGUUCAAGCCGCUCCCUGCCUGCUCCCCUGCAGACCAGGCCCUUGGGGGUCUCUUUGGGGAGGGGAGGGGAGGGGCUGCCACACAAGGCUUUGGCAAGUGAGAAAACACAUCGCAUGGCUUCCCCCAACUCACCGUUAUGUGAAUCUUAGACAUAUCGUACGCAUCUCCCCGUGGGGAGCGCCGAGACCCGGAAACACUGACAGCUGCACAGCCCGUGGUCAUGAAUCCAGGGGAUGUGCAGGACGGGGACCCCUUCCAGGGGGCAAAGCUUCGCUAGGGGGAGAGGAAGCGGCAGGCACGCCAGGCCUUGCAAAGUGGGUGUGCCAUAACCGAACCCUUUCUCUGCCCCACGGACCCUGCCAGUCAGUGCCCCGCCACAUCAGAGGGGUUUGCUGGUGCCUGGCCCAUGGUCUGCCCCAAGGGGGCCAAGGCUCUGCAUCAGCAGCUGCAGCCUCUGCUGUUUCCAGGGCUUGCUAAGGAAGCCCCGUGCCAGGGGGCGGGGGCAGGAUGGUUGGUGGGAAAGGGGUGCUGGCUUCCGGUUUUCGCUGAGCCUCCCCAGGCCUGCCCAUCUGACUGCUGCCAGUGUGCCGGCAGUUGUGUGUCCUUGCUGACCAGGAAUGGCAGCUGGGGCCGGUUGUCCUUUUCAUCAGGGGACGGCCCCAGAACAGCCACAGGCUGGGCGCCUCGAAGCAGAUCCUUGAGCCCCUUUGCCCUGGGAAGGAAUCCCAGAUCCUCUGCCCCAGCCUUUCUGUUAUCUAGGAUGCGACCUGCGCUCCCCCACCCCGACCGGCUGCGGAAAAGAGCAGGCUUGUGACAGGCUGCUGCUGGGGGGGCGGGGGGGCUGCGCUCUGUUAUCUGGCACAGCCUCUGGAAGGUGUUUACCAUCAGCCGCUAAUUGCAACACGGGCCCUCUGGGGACCCUCCCUGGCGUUUGCCCAAGGAACUUCCAGGAAGAGCAGACACCAGCAGUGCCCGCAAGGGGGGAGAGGGGGUGCCCUGUGCUAGAGGGGGAGGAGUGGGGGCAGGUCUGCGGUUUCUGAGGCUGCAGAGGAAGCCAUGGGUCAGAGACUGCUUUCUUGACUUGGGGGGUGGGGGGCUGUGCUUUGGGGUUUCCUGCAAGUGUUAGAUCAGUGGACAGAGUUGUGGGAUCUGAGGAUUUGGGGUGGGGGGAGCAUAUCAGGUCUGUUCGAGCAAAGGGUUGGUGGAGGAGAUGUGGGGAAGGGAAGGGUUACCAAGGUAGGGUGGAGGAACCAGCCUCUGAGCCCCCUUGGGUGCGGCUGGAAGUGAGUGCGGGGAAGAGACAGGUAUCUGCGUCCCCCUUGGCCUCUGCAGCAGCCAAGGGCGGGAGGUGUCCUUGGGGAGGAGGACAGCCAGGUCUGGGUUUGGGGAGGGGGGUGUUGCCUGCAGCAGUGGCAGCAUGAUGGGCCCCUUCCCCCCAGGGAGUCCAGCCUUCCUCAGCAAGUGUCCCCGCCCCGCCCCCGCGGAUUCCGGUGACCCCCCCCCCCGGCCCAGCCCUCCACCCCCCACAAAAAGACCAGGGAGUCCUUGCCGCUUGCCUGCCCCUUCCUGAAAAUAUACAAGAUCUGCUGUAUAUAUUGAAGAGUAGUUUUUAUUCAGUUGUGAAUACAAUAAUACUAUUUUUGUUAACUGUAUGUCUGUAUUUAUGUGUUUUGGCUGUGCUGUCCCUCUCCAGGCCCGCGCCCCAUUUAGCCCCCCUUUCACAACCCCGCCCAGGUGGUCACAAAGGCAGCCUGGUGGGGACCCAGCCCAGGGGAGCCCCAUUUGCCCCCGCCAGGCCUUGGGGUCCACGCUUGGAUGUUGCGCCCCAAGUUUGCCCGCCCGCCCUCCGUCUCCAGGCUCACGCAAGCCACUUAUUAGAGAAGAGAAAAUAAGGUGGAUUUGAAGGUGGAAGUUCAAUCCUUUAAUAAAACUGUGGUGUUUGA